AACGUCAAUCAAAACUUGUCUAUGAUGCAGCCCAAGUUUUCUCUUGAGUUUGGGAGGGGUGAUUACUGGAAUGCGUGUAUAUUUCUGAAUUGAGUUUUAAAAAAUAUUUAUCAGUGCAUACGUAGUGCUAUUACGAUAAUAUGUGUACAAUGAACCGUUUAAGAUGUGUUUAACAUCACGUGCUUAAUUUCACUUUCUAUGGGCGUAGAUAAUCAUGCAAAAUGGCCAACGAUUUGUGGUCAUGUACCUGUUGUACGGAGGCGCUGACUUGCUGGCUGCGGCUGAAGCUGUCUCCGGAGGAGAUCGAGCAGCGCUACAGGAGCAAAGAGAUCGACCGGAUAUUAGAGAAGGACAAGCAGACACUGCGACGGCAGGUGAAGCUGCUGCUGCUCGGCGCGGGUGAAAGCGGGAAGUCGACAUUCCUCAAACAGAUGAGGAUCAUACACAAAGUGAAGUUCGAGCCUGAGUUGGUGCGGGAGUACCAGCAUGUGAUAUAUCAGAAUAUAGUGAAAGGAAUACAAGUUCUAGUUGACGCGAGGGACAAAUUGGCGAUACCGUGGGAGAAUCCUAGAAAUUUGGAUGUGGGACAGCAGGCGUUGCACUUUAACAGCACGCAGACGCUGGACAGUCGGCUGUUCAUGCACUACGCGCCGCACAUACACUCCCUGUGGCUCGACAGGGCCAUCAAGAGGGCCUAUGACAGGCGGAGAGAGUUCCAACUGAGCGACUCUGUAAGCUACUUUUUCGACGAGCUGGAGCGCAUAGCGCGACCAGACUACAUGCCUUCCCACCAAGACAUCCUACACUGCCGGAAAGCCACCAAAGGCAUCUCCGAGUGCACCAUCAACAUCAACAAUGUACCCUUCGUGUUUGUGGACGUGGGCGGGCAGAGGACGCAACGGCAGAAGUGGACGCAAUGUUUCGACUCGGUCACGUCGAUAUUGUUCCUCGUGUCUUCGUCGGAGUUCGACCAGGUGUUGUCUGAAGACCGGAGAACGAAUCGUCUCGAAGAGGCGCUCAACAUCUUCGACACUAUCGUGAACAACGUCAACUUCAAAGGCAUUUCCAUAAUCCUGUUCCUCAACAAAUCAGAUUUACUAGCGAAAAAGGUCGCUAGCAAAGAGACGGACAUUCGCUGGUACUACCCCCAGUUCGCUGGCGACCCGCAUAACUUAGCCGACGUGCAAAUGUUCUUACUGGACAUGUUCGCGAACGUUCGCCGGGAACCAAAGACAACACUGUAUCACCACUUCACAACAGCCAUAGACACGUACAACAUUGAGGUCGUCUUCAACUCCGUUAAAGACACCAUCCUUAACCGUAACCUUGAAUCACUCAUGCUACAGUGAUAGUGUUAUAUUGUGAUAUCGAAAUCGGCGUGCAUAAUAUGAAAGACACUUAUGUUAGUUACUCCGGGCCUCCGCGCGGCCUAAUUGUUGUAAAAUAUGUAAUUUGACAUGUAUUUAUUUACCGAUAAUAAAUGGUAAAAACUAUGUAUAGUCUAUCGUAACGAUAUUUGUAUAUCAGUAUAUUUAUGACCAAAAAAUGUAGAUUUUGCACAUGGAAAAAUGUAUUAUUAUGAUCACGUUUUUAAUGUAUACGUUUCUACGAGUAUACGUAGGGGACUGUAUACAGUAAGUGGGGGUAGACUUAUUGUCAUGGACAAAUUUGUGUAAAGCAAUAUUGUUUUAAAUGCUCCAUUAGGUUAUUCGAAGUCCAUCGAAUGAUUGUUACUUAAACGCCAAAAAUCGUUAUUAUUGCUCGGAUUUAGAGUUAAUAGUGAAUUGUAGUAUCUACGCUCAAAACUUUUGCCAAGUGACAAGUGAUAAUAUCGAUUUUUUAAAGCCUAUGUGAACAAAAUUGUAAGUUGUAUCAGGGACAAUUAAAUAAUAGACACUGCUAAUCUUCAUACAAGUACCCAUUUCUUUGUUGUAGUAUCUCGAAAUGGCGUCAUUAUACGUGAAGCUUCAGUCCAAUAUAUAGGUAUGUUGUAUAGCGCUAGGAACAGAUACAAAUAACAGCGCCAUCUAGUGAACGGGUCUCAACAAAUUUCACAACAUCAUGAUGAGGUGCUGAAUACGAAAUAACACAAUUUUUGUAUGAAAAUUAGCAGUCUAAUUAUAAUGUCUCUGGUUGAACCUGAUGGGCAUGCAAUAUAAUGAGUGCCAAGUCGAGACCAGGUGCGUUGCGGUCUCUUCUAUUUAAGGUGUAAUGUCACAAACUACCGUUAGGUGUCGCAUGAGUAAAAUAGGUCUUUUGAACUGAGAAAAAAUACUUUAACAAAAAAAAAAAUUGUAAGUAUAUGGUGCAGUUAAGUGCCAAUCACAGAAAAUAAGUUUCCUCGGUUCAAAAUACCUCUAUCAGUGCUUGACACCUGAUUCCUUGUAAGGCAGAAGUUUCCAACCUCAAGAUAGCAAUAAUAAGACUAGGACGGUGCGGAAAGUUACAGCAAUAUAGCAAACCCGUAGAUUUUCAAAGUUCUCAUCACCACAAAAUGUAAAAGGGCUCUUUUUACUUGACUCAACGCAAAGGUUGGGAACCAUUGCUUUAAGGCAGCGGUCGG